CCCGGAACGGCGCUCCGCGCCAACAAGCGCCGUUGGCUCUGGGACUAUUUCAUUUGUGCUAAAUUUACUCAUGUUUUUUUGCAGUAGAUUUGGCCGAACACGUACACAAGCACCAGUCCCCUGAAAGAAGUUCUGCCAAUCUCAAACGUAGUAAGACCGACCCUGCGUUGUUUGGAGACGGAGGCAAACCAAAUGAGAACGAUAACGCUUGGUUGAUAAGAGUGCAAGACAAACCAAAUGAGAACGAUAAUGCUUGGUUGAUGAGAGUGCAAGACAAACCAAAUGAGAACGAUAAUGCUUGGCUGAUGAGAGUACAAGACAAACCAAAUGAGAACGAUAAUGCUUGGCUGAUGAGAGUGCAAGACAAACCAAAUGAGAACGAUAAUGCUUGGUUGAUGAGAGUGCAAGACAAACCAAAUGAGAACGAUAAUGCUUGGCUGAUGAGAGUACAAGACAAACCAAAUGAGAACGAUAAUGCUUGGUUGAUGAGAGUGCAAGACAAACCAAAUGAGAACGAUAAUGCUUGGCUGAUGAGAGUACAAGACAAACCAAAUGAGAACGAUAAUGCUUGGUUGAUGAGAGUGCAAGACAAACCAAAUGAGAACGAUAAUGCUUGGUUGAUGAGAGUGCAAGACAAACCAAAUGAGAACGAUAAUGCUUGGCUGAUGAGAGUACAAGACAAACCAAAUGAGAACGAUAAUGCUUGGUUGAUGAGAGUGCAAGACAAACCAAAUGAGAACGAUAAUGCUUGGUUGAUGAGAGUGCAAGACAAACCAAAUGAGAACGAUAAUGCUUGGUUGAUGAGAGUGCAAGACAAACCAAAUGAGAACGAUAAUGCUUGGUUGAUGAGAGUGCAAGACAAACCAAAUGAGAACGAUAAUGCUUGGUUGAUGAGAGUGCAAGACAAACCAAAUGAGAACGAUAAUGCUUGGUUGAUGAGAGUACAAGACAAACCAAAUGAGAACGAUAAUGCUUGGUUGAUGAGAGUGCAAGACAAACCAAAUAAAAAUGGUAAUGCUUGUUCAAAAAAAAGAAACAACAACGCUGGAGUCCAAAAUGAACAGAAUAAGAGCUUAAAAUUAUCAUUUUUGGACAUAACUGGCGUCAUUGACAAUGCCAUAAACGUAUGUUGUGCUUCAAAUGCGCGCAGCCACCAGACCGUGACCAAGUUACACUAUUCCAAGGAUGUUUCGUGGCUUUCAUCAGGAGAAAGUACUCCGGAAAAACUGGAAAAGAAGAAUUCAUCGAAUUUUUCGGGAGACGUUCUUUCUUCAGGUUCUCACGACUAUGUGUUGCGUGAUUUCUGGUCUUUUCGUUAUAGUGUUAACAAAGAACACCAAAUGUUCGCUAUUUACGCUCUUGGUGGAGAUUGUACGAAAAUAAGGAAUACAAAGACUGAGUUUUACAAUAAACUGAAGCAAGUCCAAGGAUUAGAUAUACCUUUUCGCGAGAACGAGAUUAUCUUGAGUUUCCGUGAUGUAAAGGUUGUUGAAGCAAUGUACAGAGCGGGCCUUCUGGUAAAUCCAAAACAUUUCAUUUUAAGUGGAAAGCAUGUGUUUAACAGUGAAGAAGAAUUCGAACUUAGAGAGAAAACAAGAAAAGCGAUGAUUUACAUCCGUAAGACGGACGAGACACUUUAUCGUUCACUCGUGCAAGUCGUCGCAUGCAUUGGCUAUUACAAAGCAGCAGGUAUAGGCCAUCUUGGAGGGACAGUUUCUUCCGCAGUUGGUCUCAUAUGGUUGGAUCCAAGCAAAGGUAGUGACUGGUCAGUGCCGUUUCUGGCAGAGCAAAUAGUGCACGAGUAUAUUCAUACGACGCUUUUUAUGGCGGAGAUGGUUCGUGGGACGUAUUCCGAUACUCGUCUUGUAUCCAGCUCUAUGGUUAUCUCGGCGAUCCGACGACAAAAACGGGGGUAUGAUAAAAGUUUCCAUGCAGCGUAUGUGGCCACCGGUCUAGUGGCUUUUCAUGUCAAGGCUGACUUCCCCCAUCGUGCCGCAGAGCUGGCACUGCACCUUAACGUGUCCGUACAUGAUCUUGAAACGGUUACCGCGAAAACUGGCGUCCUGGAUCGUACUGGGAUGGCAAUGUUGGUUCACCUGAAAGAAUUUCUUCGCAAAAUGAAUGUGAUGUAACUAAAGAUUAAUUAAUCGCUUAUCCGCAUAUAAUUAUCGAAUUAUAACUUUUAUAUUCUCUAACCAUUUGUGCAUGUGGCAAAAUGAACAUGCUGUAAAUUUCCCAAUCUGCAUUGAUUCUAUAAUUAAAAUUUGUUUACUUAAGGUGACUCCUACAGUUGGAUUCCUUUUUUGGGUGAUAUUCUGCCAGAUGCUGGGUCGCAUUCAGUAAAUCUACUUACAUAUGGAAUACUAGAUAAAAGAUUGUUCAAAUUUUGGAAACUUUGCAACAACAAGAAGCAAGGUUCAGAGCAAGUUUAAACAGCAGUUUUGUCAAGUUUAUAAAAUCAACAUGUAGAUUGAUGGAUACUCAUAUGGACGAUUGUCAUCCAUCUACAGGAAAAGUGUACGGUUUCGUUAAUUUGUACUAUAUCUCCAAUCCGAUAUAGAAAAUAAUUAAUUUUUUUACAUAAUUAUUUCGUGUCGAUAUGUUUCAUAUUUAUUGCAAAUAUACUCCCUAUGGGACUCGGAGAUGACAAACUUCACUUCAAUAAACGACCUGAACACGCAUAAUUAUUAAUAAUGUCUGGUAAAAUCACACACACACCCACACAUACAGGUGAAAACAUAUAGAGAAUAUUACACGGCGGUGCGAAGAUAUGAAUCUUAUCUUCGAGUGGUUAAAACAAUAUUUCACGAAUGAGCGCAGCGAAUGACUGAAAUAUUGUUUUCACCACGAGAAGAUAAAAUUCAUAUCUUCAAACCGCCGUGUAAUGUUCUUUUCAUUAUAUAGUUGUAAACAAUAUAAAAACCCGG